UUAAACCCUGCGCCAAAUUCAGCAAAGAGAUCAAUGAUAGCCAAACAAUGGCGAUUCGAUUCAAACCCUUCUUUAACAACAUCACAAAGUCAUCAAUUUGCUUCACUCCUCCAUUCCAAAAUCGGUUAUUAUUAUUCCAAUCCAUCUCCACAAAUUCACCAUCCCAUCACGAAUAUCUGAAUCCUCUUUGCAAUCGCUUCCAAAGGUAUGGCUUCCAGCCGCACGAGCUCCCUAAUUUCCUAAAAAAGAACGAAUUUUUACAGAAUUCAACCCCCCAAGAAAUAGAAAAGUAUUUCAAGAUCUUGCAAUCGUUAAACCCCUCUCGAGAAUUCCUUGUUUCGACAGUAACCAGUUGUCCCAGAGUUCUACACUUUGAAUUCUUGGAAAACUGGAAAUUGGGUAUUAAUCAGUUGGGUAUCCACAAUAUUUCAUGGAUUGCAAUUAGUAACAUUCUUGAGUUAGCCUCGAAAUUUGGGUUGAGGCCAAAUGAUGUUUCUAGGCGUGUGGGGUGUUUCAAGGGUUUGGGGUUUAGUGAGGCCACUGUCAAUAGGGUUUUAGAGAAUGUGCCUAUGGCGAUCAUGUCGGCUGAGGAUGAUCUGCGCAAAAAAGUUGAGUUCUUGAUGGGAAUUGGAGUCCGGGGAAGUGAAAUCGAUAGGGUUGUGUGUUUAUAUCCUAGGAUUCUUGCAUUGGGAGUGGAGAAGCGAUUGAAGCCAUUGCUUGAUGAGUUUUCGGAUUUGGGAUUCAGCUUGAGUGAUGUUAGGAGGGAGGUGGUGAGAGAGCCACAAGUUCUUGGUUUGGAAAAUGGGGAGCUCUCGCAUUGUUUGGAGAUGCUACGAAGCUUGAAAUGCCGGCUGGCGAUCAAGGACAGUAUUUUUGGGGAUGGAGAGUUUAGGGCCGGGUACAGAGUGAAGCUGAGGGUUGAUUGCUUGAGGAAACACGGCUUGAUAUAUAGAGAUGCGUUUACGGUCUUGUGGAAGGAGCCUCGGGUGAUCCUCUAUGACAUAAAGGAUAUCGAGAAGAAGAUUGAGUUUUUGGUUGGCAAGAUGAAGUUUGGUAUUGAAUGUUUGGUUGAGGUUCCUGAGUACCUGGGAGCGAACUUUGAUAAGCAGAUCGUUCCUCGUUUUAAUGUGAUCGAUCAUUUGAGGUCGAGAGGCGGACUGGGGGACGAGGUUGGUUUGAGGAAGUUGGUUAAGAUGAGUAGGUUGAACUUCUAUAACAUGUAUGUGAAGCCAUAUCCGGACCAUGAGAAGAUAUACGGAAGGUUUGCGGAGAAACCUGCAGUUCGAAGUCGACAUUCUGUUGGAAUGUGGAAGCUUUUUAGGCCACAAAAGUAUCCAGCAACAGAAGAAGAUGUUGAGAACAUUAGGCAUUUCAUGGAAUCAUUGCCAAAAUGAAGGCAUUAGUUAUUGUUGGAGAUAGUCUCAAAUUGUUGUUUGUUUUUCACUAAUUUUGAUCAAAAUGUGAUUGUUUAGUUGCU